AAGGAGACCAGAAGGAGAUCUCCUCGACGGUGCAGGGCUGAGAUGGAUCCGCUCAGGGCCCAGCAGCUGGCGGCGGAGCUGGAGGUAGAGAUGAUGGCUGAUAUGUACAACAGAAUGACCAGUGCCUGCCACCGGAAGUGCGUUCCUCCCCACUACAAGGAAGCAGAACUGUCCAAGGGCGAGUCUGUGUGCCUGGACCGGUGUGUCUCCAAGUACCUGGACAUCCAUGAGCGGAUGGGCAAAAAGUUGACAGAGUUGUCGAUGCAGGAUGAAGAGCUGAUGAAGAGGGUGCAGCAGAGCUCUGGGCCCGCGUGAGGCCCCAGACAGAAUACACCCCAAGGUGCACCGUGCCCCUUCCCACUUGUCUAAUAAAAAUGCCCACACUGGGUGUCAUCUCUGAAGACUGCCAGGCCUAGGCUCUCUCUGGAGAGUCUGCAGGAGACUGGAGUAUGGUAGAGCUCUCUUCUGGUCGAAGAAGGGGUAUUUGUCACACUGGAAUGUGACUGUGUAUGUGUGUGUGUAUAUAUAUUAAAGCAAGUUUGUUGACACCUACUGUGU